GUUCCAGUAUUCCCUUUUCGGUUUCAAAAUUCAAAAUUAAAAAAUGACACUACGUCAGCUGAUGCGACUGAAUAUGGCGCAUUUCCGGGCCAAAGCAUGGAAUACUAAAGCCAUGUCCACCAAGUCGGCCAAGUCCUGCUUCGCCAAGUCGAUGAAGCCCAUGAAGCAGUUCAAGCGCCCGCGCAUUUCGAAGAUCAGUGUAGUUGGCGCCGGUCAGGUGGGCACGGCGAUCAGUGCCAUGCUGUUGCUCCGGAAUCUCACCAAGAACCUGGUCAUCCUGGACAUUAACUACGAACUGGCCCAAGCGGAGGCACUGGACUUUCAGCACGCAUCCGCCUUUCUAAACGAUGCUCGGGUGGUGCCCUGCGGCGAUAGUACCAACUCCAAGAAUUCCGAUGUGGUGAUCAUUACGGCGGGAGCUCGGCCCUCCGGCAAGGAUCGUUCUCGCCUGGCUGCAAUGCAAAAGACCGUCGAAAUCCUGAAGAAGGCGGUGCCCAAACUGGUGGAUCUCAGUCCCGAUGCCACCUUCAUUAUCAUCUCGAAUCCUGCCGAUGUUAUGACCUAUGCCGUCCAGCGAAUUACCAAUCUACCAAAGCAUCGCUGCUUCACCACUGGCUGUCACCUGGACACGGUGAGGUUCCGCAACCUGAUCGCAAAUCGACUUCGAUUGCCUCCGUCUCAGGUUCACGGCUAUGUGAUCGGAGAACAUGGCGCCAGUGCGGUUCCAGUGUGGUCCAGUGUCUCCAUUGCCGGCAUCCGGCUGAAUGAUGUGGUGAAGAACCUGGCCUGCGGCGAUGAUCCCGAGAACUGGGCGAAGAUCAACAAGCAAGUCACCACCGGCGGACUGGCGGUGGCCAAAACCAAGGGCUAUACCAACUGGGCCAUUGCGCUCACCUGUGCGGAUAUCGUGCAGGCAAUGUCCGGCGGGAAGGGAAAGAUCGCAUGCGUGGGCACGGACAUGAAAGGCCUAAGUGGCAUCCAGGACAACGUGGUGCUAUCGCUGCCCUGCUUGGUCACCUCGGGUGGCAUCAGUCACGUUUUCGAGCUGCCCCUCACGGAUGUGGAGCAAAGCAAGCUGAUGGCCUCCGCCAACAUCCUUCUGGAGGCCCAAUGCUCUCUGAGUAUUUGAUUCAUGAUUGGAUUGGAUUGGCCAAGUCACUGGAUUUUAAGAAGUUUUAAUCCAGGAAUUCUUUAGUAGCUGAGCUACUGAAGGAUUCUACGAAAAAAAAUUAUACUAAUGGUUUAUUUGUUGUUCCGAAAUAUUUAUAUCGCAAACGAAUACUUUUUGGAAAUGUACAUAUUCUGGAAAAUGUAGACCAGUGAAGAGAUAGAAUGUUAACCACAUUGUUAUAUAGUAUGUACAUAUCCAGAUACAUAUUAUACCUUUUUACGAGAGCCCAAUAAAUAGGAAAUUGAAAACGAAAAAGGAACUUCUGACUGGAAAUAGCCCAUAAAAACCACACCCAAAUCUCAAGUGGAAAGUGAAAACCGCAGAAGACCAGCUGUGGGAGCGAGUAGGCAAGCCCUUCGCCCUUUCCCACUUUCAGCUGGAGCAAGUGAGAUGCACACACACACGAAUGUUUUGUAGAAGAGCUAAAAAAAUGCAGAGAUACAAGAAAUCUUUGCUAGCAUUUCUGUGACCCUGUUCGUAGACGUCGAAAAUUUUGUAAUUUUUCCAAAAAUUAUGAUUUAUAUCGCAUGGUGAAGUGACAAUUCUUUUGAAGAUUUUGGAUCCCAAGGUCUUGGGGCAGGACGAUCAAGAAAAAUCGAAAGUCAAAGGUCUUCGGAACGAAUAGGUGAACAGCGCAAUGAGAAAGCAGCUGAUGAGCUCCGGCAAAGAAAUGUGGAGUCUUAAGAUGUUUGGGGCCCUAUGUUGCGCAACUUUUGGAGCCAAGGUCUACGAUUGUAGCAGGCGCCCACGAAUCUCAGCAGCGAUCAGCGAUCGCGUUCCGCUCCACCAUUAUU